GCUCUGUAGUGAAGCUACUCAAUACGCGCCAUAACGUGCGACUGCACUCACACGACGUGCGAUAUGGGUCAGAUGAGGAAACAAACUCAAAUAAAUCACAUGCUCAGAGCCUUGCAGCUAGUGAAUGACAGAGACGGGGUUCGAACCAAAUCUGUCCAGUUUCAAGGCCUGCUUUCAGCUACUCCAGGCUGGCACUACUCAGUGCGGGAGAGACAGACAUGUAGAAAAUUACAGUAGUGGGCAGCAGUCAGUGACAGGUGUAACCUCUGUGGAUGACAGCAAUAGUUACUGGAGGAUACGGGGGAAGACCGCUACAGUGUGUGAGAGGGGAACCCCCAUCAGAUGUGGCCAACCCAUCCGGCUGACACAUGUCAACACUGGCCGAAAUCUCCAUAGUCACCACUUCACCUCACCUCUUUCUGGGAACCAGGAAGUGAGCGCUUUUGGUGAGGAGGGUGAAGGCGAUUAUCUGGAUGACUGGACAGUGCUCUGUAAUGGGCCCUACUGGGUGAGGGAUGGUGAGGUGCGGUUCAAGCAUUCUUCCACUGAAGUUCUGCUGUCUGUCACCGGAGAACAAUACGGUCGACCCAUUAGUGGGCAAAAAGAGGUACAUGGCAUGGCCCAGCCUAGCCAGAACAACUACUGGAAAACCAUGGAAGGCAUCUUCAUGAAGCCCACUGAGUUGUUAAAGACAGAAGCUCAUCACGCAGAGCUGUGAGUCUGGAAGCUGUGAGCCAGUGCCACCGCACAGUGUUCAUGACAUUUGCUGCUGCUGCUCCACCUUGGGAUCCCUGUCACAGGUUCCCCGGGCAGUGGCCUUGUCACCACUGAGAUGAAGAUGCAUGACAGAAUACAGUGGCUGUGGCUGGAAGCUUCAGCCCUUUACACUUGAAUUGGUUGUUCUCCCAGACUUUGGGUCAGUUCUUUUUGAGUACAGGACUUGCUGGUGAAGGAGCACAUACUUUUUGUUCGUAUCGAUAAAACAGAAACUGAGGGAGAUACCUCUCUUAGUUGGGAAAUUUUUACUCCUCAGAAGCUUGGCAUCAUGGAUUAUUGAUGUGUGACUUUUCUCCUACUUUCUCCAGAAUGAUAAAGAAUUUCAUUAUUAGU